AUGGCUAAAGGACUUACUGAUAAAGAGCUGGAACAAAUUAUUGAGUCUGAUGAGUUCUGGGAGGAUUUCGACGUGAAUAAUACUGCAUCAUCGUCAUCUUCCACUUACGAAUACAAUGAAAAUACUAUUGAAAAGGAGGAUAAACGUGAUGCAUGCGAAAAACUUUUUACGUUUGGGGACCAGAGCGAUCAAGAAGAGGAAGACGAAGAGGAACUAAGUACCCACGAUACGGACAGUGAGCAGGAAUGGCAGCCUUCCGACGAACAAAAUGAAGACGAAGAACAUUCAGCUAGUACCAGUAAUAAAGAUGUGAAUUUAAACAGAAAGGAAGUUCCAAAAGCUUUGUAUGGAAAAGAUAGAACAAAAUGGUCUACUACUGCUCCAGUAAGAGGAAAGACUCUUGCAAAAACAUCAUAAAAGUUUUGCCCGGUUUGAAAGGAAAUGCAGCACAACACAAACCUCAAUCUGCCUUACAAGCCUGGAAGUUGCUUCUGACAGAUGAAAUAUUUGGACAAAUUAUAACUCAUACUAAUACAAAAAUCAGAUCAGUUCAAAGUCAUUAUGGAAAGUUCAAGAAGAAGAGCAAUAGCAGGUCGGAAUUUCGGCCUUCAUUUAUUGGUGAAACUGACAAAACAGAAAUUGAGGCAUUUGUUGGUCUUCUAUACUUCCUUGGGUUAUACAAGUCAGGCC